AUGACAAAGAGAGAUCAAUUGCGAAUCAUUAUUGUUGGUGGCGGUAUUGCGGGGUUGGCCGCAGCAAUCGCUCUACGAGCACCAAAUCGGAGAAUCACGGUUUUGGAACAGUCACGUAUGAAUCGCGAAAUCGGUGCACUGAUAUCCCUGCAACCCAAUGCUUCCCGUAUUUUGCGUAAUACGUGGGGCAUCGACAAAGAGUUGGAACUAGCGCGUGGCUUAGUUGAUAAGGGCAUCCGGAUCUACGAUGUGGACGGAAAGCUGGUUAAAGAAGUUCCGCUGUUAUCUAAGGCUGAAUAUGGCGGUGAUCGAAUCGUCUGGCAUCGCGAUGAUCUACAUAAUGCUCUCAAGUCAGCCGCGAAAUGUCCCAAAAGAACGGGAGACCCGGCGACCAUUCGAGUGGCAUCGAGAGUUGUCGGUUGCAAUCCGGAUGAGGGUAAUGUCACUCUUGAGAGUGGUGAGGUUUUGGCUGCCGAUGUGAUUAUUGGUGCAGAUGGAAUCCCGAAACAGCUUAUCGUCUCAUGGAUAAAUCCUCGGGACUCAUUUACUUCAAUAAUGGUAGCACAUGAAUGUCGACUCGUCAUGGGUCCAGGCAGACAAGGCGAGAUUUAUGGUGUUACAGCACUAGUUCCAGACGAGAGAAUGAACGAGGAUCCGAACUCUGGCCAAUCAUGGGUCUCAGAAGGAAGUAUGGACAAAUUGCUGGAGACUUUUGCAGAAUUCCCAGACUGGGUUACCGGAAUCUUUAGACAUUCACCAGAUCUCGGACUAUGGCAGUUACGCGAUAUGGAUCCUUUAAAAGCAUGGAUUCGGAAGCGCGUCAUUCUUAUCGGAGAUGCUGUGCAUCCCAUGCUACCCACCCAAGGACAAGGUGCGAGUCAGUCAAUUGAGGAUGCAGAAGCCCUGGGUGCUUUCUUCGAGGAUGUUCGAGAAGCACCAUCCCUCAGCCAGAUAGACCAUAUAUUCAAGGUGAUUCAAUAUCCUGCCGCUCGACAAACCUUCCAGUCUCGCUAUGAGAGAGUCAGUCUUAUCCAGAAAGGCAGUCGCCAGGCAGCUAAGUCCGGUACAAUUAAAGGGGAGAAGACAGUUACUAUGCAUGUGCUUCCAGGUCCUGAGUCUUUCAUGAUUUUGCUGACUGGUCUGCUUAUUAGGAGCCCCGCUGAGUUUAUGGACUACAAUUGCACCUAUCGUGGAGCGAAGCAAUGGGCAGAUAGACAAUCUACGUGUGUAUAG